AUGGCGGAGGAACCGUCCGCCAAGCGUCAUCAUGCCGAGACGUCGGACAAGAGGAGCAACCUCGUCGACAUUAACACGUCGGACAAGAGGAGCAACCUCGUCGACAUUAACGCCCCCGGCGAGAAGCGCGAGUACACCAGAAUGCUCAAAGGGGUUGAGCUCCACGGCAAGGAGACGUUGGAGAUCGUCUGCACCAGCAAACCAGACAAGGCCGACGAGGUGAUCUCCAGGCUCUGGAGCAAGCUUGGCGGCAGGUUUCGUAGGAUCAUCGGCGUUGGUGUGCACUACACCAAUGAAGAUGAACCUCCCUAG